AUUCGUAAUAAAUUCUGAUUCCCAUCAUGUCAGCAGCAGUGUUUGCAAGGAGAGGAGUUCUGGUCGGCACGGGGAUUACACGCCAUAGAACAACAAUAGCAGCUUGUUCAUACAACGUGGUGUCACCUCCAGGGGCGAUAUCUCUACCAGUAGCACGACCCGCCUUCUCAUUCCUCACACGUACUAUCCAUGCCUCACCACGGCCGCUUCGCAACAAACCCCCAUCCUGGGGUGAUUUGAUCCCACAGCCUCAGAAACCGAAUUCUUCAGGAUCCAAUCCUUUGGGAGGAAUUCUUCUUGGACCGCAAUAUAAACGGUUUGGGCAGAAUAAUCGAUCUGGAAGGCUACCAAUUAUUCUUGACAGACGAUAUCAAAUUGCAGCAGGUGUCGUCACUGUAGGAGUUGGAGGAUAUUACGUAGCGCAUUUAGAGACUGUCCCAAUGACAGGGCGCCGUCGAUUCUUGGAUGUAACAACAAAGCAAGAAGAGAUGAUGGCUAAAGAAGCCUAUAAGCAGGUCAUGCAUCAGUUUGGAGACAAGAUAUUGCCUCAGAGUCACCCAUAUACGUUGUAUGUUAAACGCGUUGCAGGCAGGAUAAUCAAAGCGGCUGGAAUGGAAAACCUUGAUUGGGAGUUCCAUGUAAUCCACAGUGAUGAAAAGAACGCGUUUGUACUACCGGGAGGGAAAGUCUUUGUAUUCACAGGUAUCCUUCCUAUUGCUCAAAAUGAGAACGGUUUGGCGACCGUGCUUGGACAUGAGAUCGCACAUCAACUGGCGCGCCACUCGGCGGAAAAGUUGAGUUUCACAAAGAUCGUACUGUUUUUCGGGAUUAUUAUUUCGCUGGUAUUUGAUCCCUCGUAUGCUAUGCAGCGCAUUAUCAUGGAUCUAGGGAUGAUGCUUCCAUUUAGUAGAAAGUGUGAGACAGAGGCUGACAAGAUUGGAUUACAGCUCAUGGCCCAGGCAUGCUUCGAUCCUCGAGAGAGUGUUCAUAUGUGGGCUCGCAUGGCUUCCCAGGAGAAGGGUCCUAAUCUGGCAUUUUUGAAUACCCACCCAGCCAGUAAGGAUCGGAUGCGUCAACUAGAGCAAUGGAUGCCAGAGGCAAUAGACACAAUCAACAAAUCCGAUUGUGAAACCACCAAUGAGUACGCCAAAAUGUUCAAUAAGGCGAGACUUGCCACUUGGUAGAAAUAGAAGGGGUGCCGGCGAAUCUAAAGGAAUGGUGUAUUCAAUUAAAAUGGACGACUAGAAUUUUAUAUAGCUGAGUGUGU